AAUUAUCCUGCAGGCCAUACACCUGUUCUUGCUGGAAGGUCACCUUCCAGACGUGAAAUUAGGGAUGGUGCCCCCCCUGGUGGGCUGUGUGCAGAAGCACAACUCCUGCAAAGACACGGGCUGGUACAUUAUGAGAUUUUCUGUAAUGACAAUCAUCAUCAUCAUCAUCCAUGGGCCACAAAGCUGCUCAGAGGCAGAGCCUUUCCUGAGCAUGGAAGAGGACACUCAGGCUUUGCCUUUGGAAAACAAGAUGCAGAACCAUGCUCAGUCUCCACUUACCCUAUCUGGAGGGACAUUCGAGAUCACCACUCUGGACAUAGGCCUAGGACUCUUGGGCUACCUCAGCUUUGGGACCACCACCCAAGCGAACAUCAUCCUCAACCCCUCCAACUGCUGGUGA